AUGGACGAAUUUGGUUCCGAACCCAAAACAACCAUGGUGGUCAACGAAGCUAUCGACAAUGAACUACCAGCAGAGGGGAAUGUCGCCGACCGCAUCACAAAACGUUCUUCCAUUACCACGGUUGUGGUCAGCGGUGUGGCGUUGUUUUCGGAUGGUUACAAUGCGCAGAUUAUUGGAUAUAUGAACCUUAUCCUAGCAGAGCUUUACCCGGUAGCCUUCACCAGUGUUAUCAAAACGCGGCUUUCCAAUGCGUACCUCAUCGGCGAGAUCUUUGGUAUGCUAUUUUUUGGCUAUGCAAUUGACCGACUCGGCCGUCGUACCGGCAUUAUCUUUGCCACGCUUUUCCUCGUGCUCGGCAUUAUCAUCGCAACGGCUGCACACGGAACGACAGAUCUUGGCAUGCUCUGGAUGAUGAUCAUUGGCCGAGGCGUCUCAGGCUUCGGUGCUGGUGGUGAAUAUCCCACAUGCGGCACGGGCAGCACAGAGGCGUCCGACGAGACCGCGUAUGGCCGCCGUCGGCGAGGUAUGCUUGUGGCUGUCGCAACAGACUUUGCGAUCGACUUUGGCUUCGUCGUUGCGGGCAUCGUGGCGCUGGUCGUCUUGGCUGCGUACCACCAGAACCUUGGUGACGGUGUGUGGCGCGUCUGCUUUGGUCUCGGAUUCAUCUUGCCCGUAACACUCGUAUUUUUCCGCCUCAGCCGGUUCCAGUCAACCCAGUACCGAAAGCAUGCUAUGAAGAAAGACAUCCCAUACCUGCUAGUGAUCAAGCGUUAUUGGAAGCCUAUGCUUGGGACGUCGCUGGCUUGGUUCAUGUACGACUUUGUGACCUACCCGUUUGGUAUUUUCAGCUCAUCCAUCGUGUCCACAUUGAAUCCAAACAACACAAUUACACAAAACAUCGGCUUCGGAACUGUUAUCAACUGCUUCUAUCUCCCCGGGUGCCUUGUUGGCGGUCUACUCAUGGACCGGAUCGGCCGCAAGCAGACGAUGACUCUGGGGUUUUUCCUGUGGGCCAUUUUGGGAUUUAUCAUUGGUGGCGCCCUCGGUCCUAUCCAAUCCGUUUUCCCUCUCUUUGUAGUGCUUUAUGGCAUUUUCAAUGCGUUGGGCGAGAUGGGUCCCGGCAACUCGUUCCCCGACGCCGAGAAAGGUAUCCAGGGUGUUUUCCUCAUUGGUGCGGCAUUUGCUACGGUUGGCGGUCUCAUCUCAUGGUUUUUGAUCCCGUCCAUGGACAAGGAGCUGGAGAACGAGGAUACUCGCUUCCGCGUGUAUCUGGAGCAGAAUGGGUUUAAAGGGUCGUUUGGAGAUCUGUCAACAGUCAACUAA